AUGACGUAUAGCCGAGAUUUGAUGUGUGUACGGCACUGUAAUCAGACGAUUUUCUCAUACGCUACUUUGACCCAAUGUCCUCUGUGUUCGAAACCUUUGGGCGAAAAUCUAGACAGUAUACCAAUCGCGCUACCCUGUCCGUUCGUCAGAGCGUGUCAGCAUCCUUGCUCUAUUGUUCUGCGACCAUCGGUAGGAGAUUUUCUAAGCUCCUUUAAAAAUCAAAAUAAUCUACACAUAGCUCUUACAUCCUCCAAUGGAACAGUAGUCGAAUUCGAUUUAAAUGGUUUAGCAAAAAUACCACCCAAAAGUAAGCCAUCCACCACAAAGGGAUGGGAUCAGUGUCUUCUGAUUGCUCAAGUGCCUGAGCCUUGGUAUGAUCGGUGGGAUGAAGUGUUGGAAAAGAUUGCAGGUGAUCCUGCGUGGAGGAAGAACAUGUACCAGGAGGACACGCACAACUGCUACACGUUUGUCUUAAGCUUUCUUAAUGAGCUUGAGUAUGGAGAAUUCAACGAUUUCUGCCAUGACAAGUUGUCGUUUAGUAAGCAGAUAGUCGCGUCGAAGACACAGAAUGCUGCUAAAUACAUCACCAUACAUCGUAAGCUACAAUCGAGCAACUAUUUUAUCGAACAAAAGGAAUUAUCGAGCUGUUAA